CGGGAGUUGUAUUUAUGUAAAAGGCGGGGUUACUAACAGACCUCAAGGAUUCUUGUGUUGACCAACUUCCCAUUCUUUUUUUUUUUUUUUACCCACAUGCUGGAGGAGAGCACACGGAACGAGGCUGUAAGAACAUUAUAAAACAUAUGUGAAAUAUGAGGAGAGAAAUUGCAGCUGUGGUAUUCCUCCUGAAGAGGCUUUUGAAAACGGGGGAGAAGUUGGAAUCGCACAAGAUCGAUCUGUUUGUUGAGAGGUUGGCUGUUGCACUGCAGGAGAAGUUCAAGGGGCACUGGUACCCUGAAAACCCCAUCAAAGGAGAAGCAUACAGGUGCAUCCGAGUGAACAGGUCCCAAAGGCAGGAUCCUGAGCUCCUUCGGGCCUGCCGAGAGAGCGGGAUUCAGUACAGUGAACUGGAACUGCCCCCUGAACUCACAUUGUGGGUGGACCCUGGGUCGGUCUGUUGCAGGGUCGGAGAGCAAAAUCCUUGCUUCUCAGUGGCCAGCUUCUCUAACGCAGAAGAGGAGGACAAGGAUGUUGCAAAAGUGACUAGUGCUUUGGAGAGGGUGACAUCAGACUACCACUCGGGUUCUUCCUCUGAUGAGGAGAGCACGCGCACUUCCCCCUUCACUAUCCCCAAAAGCCACUGUGCUUACCAGGCUACGUGGCAUCCUAAGAAGAUGGUACCAGGGAAAGGUUACAUCCAUCCACGGCCUCACUACAGCUUCAGGCCUCGCAGCAGAGCGGCACACACUUUAAGGCCUAAUCUGUGGGUCGCUCCUGGCUAUGGGAGAGGGCGUGGGUACUGGGACACAACACAAGAUGUGGCACAUUGUUACAUUUAGGAAUCAUGGUGCUUAUUGUUCAUUAAACCUGAAGACAACUUUAAAAUGACUGAAUAAUGUUGUUUUUUAAACAUGAAUUUUUUUAUAGAUUAGUUAUUCUUGUUUUUGACAAAAAACUCUUUUUUGCACUUUAGACUAUUUGUUAUACUUAUAAAUCACUUGUAUUAAAUUAGAUAUUGAAAUUGCAAUACACAUUUUGAAGUACUGUAUUUUUACAAUGGGAGACGUUCAUGUAUGCCACCUACUUUGUCCUUUGUGAUAAAAUGUUUUAUUUAUUCAUAGUGCAGAAUUGUCCGAUGUAUAGACUCAAAAUUAUGGAGUUUUAUUAAACACAAUUUUCAAGCACCA